AUGGCAUCAACCCAACCCCUUGGACAACUUCACAAGUCUAGUCGUCUCGUCUAUCGAGCCGCAGAGAACUCCGAAGAGGAUAUUGCAUUUUUCCAAGACCGCAUUAUCAACGACGAGACAAUUCAAAUAUUGAGCACUGGACGUCUCCCACGUCCGUCUCACAAGAAGUCUGCAGAGGAAUUCAUCAAAAAUAUCCAAGGCUCCCUGCUAGGCGUGAUUAUAUGUCUUCCUCCUCCAAAUACCCCUGAAGGGGAGCAAAAGUCCUCGACAGAGGAUGGAAGCAAGCUUCAAUCCACUCAAAAUGCCAAGCCGGUCCCAAUCGGCCACAUCAGUCUCUUCGACUUGACUGGUUCAGGUUAUACCCACCAUCGCAAUGCAAUGAUAGGAAUUUCACUGGUUGACGGAUAUCGGGGAAAGGGAUACGGCGGAGAAGCUAUUAACUGGGCAUUGGACUGGGGAUUCCAGCAUGCUGGACUGCAUAGAAUCACCAUAGGUGGAUUUUCGUACAAUCCCAAUGCAUUGAAGCUUUACAGGAAGCUUGGGUUUGUGGAUGAAGGUCGCGAACGUGAGGCAUUAUACCAUUGCCGCGCUUGGCAUGAUAUUGUCAAUUUGUCUAUGCUGGAGCAUGAGUGGGAGGCUUUGAGAGGGAUAGCACCGGCUCAAUAA